AUGAACGGCAUAUUUCCCGCCGACCUUGCGGUCUAUCUCCUCCUGGCUCCAGUGGUUGCUUAUAUUUUUGUCACUCACCGAUGGGCCGGUUUCCUUCCAUGGUACUACUUAUCCGCCUUCUGCCUUGCUCGAAUAAUUGGCGGUAUACUUGGUAUCCAUGACAGCGAGAAUUUAGCUGCCAACAUUAUUCAAAGUGUUGGUAUUACGCCAUUGAUUCUUGGUGUCGAUGGACUGGUACAUGAGGCUCGAACAUACCGCAACCCAUCCGGCAGUCGGUUCCUCGGAAUUUCUGUUAUUCUAGGCACUCCAGCCCUAAUGGCUGUUGCCAUGGCAUUGUCAGUCAUCGGCUCCUUGGAUAUUUUCGAAGGUCACCCCAAGCCACACAGUCUACAACAUUGGAAAACAGGUACAGCCUUAGUCGUACUCGCGUGGGUUUUCCAGGUGUUUUGGUCCUUAUUCUCCCUACUUUCCAAUUCAGGAGGAAAGGGUCUUCCGGGAUACCAAGGUGGCACAGCGCUUCUCCAAGGAGCGGUCGUCGCACUUCUAUUCAUCGGAAUCCGUGUUAUAUACAGCCUUGUUGCGGUCUGUACGCAACGCAGAGAUCUCAGUCCAGUCUAUGGGAAGACGGAUAUCCGAGUCAUUCUUAUGUUUCUCCCAGAGGUCCUUGCGACUAUCGCAAUGAUCACAGUGGGCCUCCGCACGAGAAAGCUGCGGGAGGCCAAAUCUAUGGCCACCUACUCACCAACACCACAAAGUUGUUAA